UUUAUUUCCACUGCCUCAGCGAGCUUCACUCACUGCCCGCGACCGCCCAUACCUCAAGCCUACGGCGGCCGGCAUUCAUGGCGCUGUCUGAGUUCAGCGUCGCGGCUCUCAUCUCACUCGUCACUGCCCUUCUCCUCCUCGCCCACGCGCUGCAACUCCACCAACCGUCGCGCCUCCGCAGCCCGGGCGCCACGCUCGCCGGCCUCCUGCUCUCCGCGCUCGAUCGCUUCCACGGCCGCAGCCUCCUCGACCUCGCCACCCGGAGGAACAUGAUCCUCCUCUGCCACGUCAUCGUCCUCGUCAUCCUCAAGGACACCGGCAUCCUCAGCACCCCUGCUCGGCGCCGCGCGGGCGCGGCAACCACCAACAUCGCCGACGCAGCAGCCGCUCGGGAACGCCCCCACGCCAGGAGCAUCGUCGUGUGGCGGCCGCGGAACAGGGCCGCCCCAGCCGCGUCGUCUGGCUCCAAGAACGCGGCCGUCACCGGCAGCGCUCGUCUCAUGCUGGACGAGACUGCGGCAACCCGAUGCACCGCACCUACAUUGACGGAACCAGAACACGGGGAAAAGCACGUGGCCACCAGAGAGAUCAUCAUCGUGGAGGAACGGAGGAAUAAUUACCUCCUCGACCAUCACGGCGCAGCUGUUGUUGAACAUGAACAGGCUACUGCGGUGGACGGCAGUGAGAGCUCCCGUUUGGACAUUGGUCGUGUUCUCGUUGCCGACGACGACGUGAGGAACACAGCGCGGGAGGAGACAGCGGAAGUGGAAUUAGCAGAUGACAGGAGGUUCGAGGAGUUCAUCGCCAACACGAGGAGGAGGAUGCAACUGGAGAGCCUACAGCUGGUCAAGGUCGUAUCAUAAGAUAUACCUAUGUAGUAGAGAACCUUUACAGUACACCAUGAUACUAGAUGAUAUAGAGUAUUAUUGUUGUGAUCUAACCGUCCAUUUUAGUAGUAUUAUUGUAAUUAUCUUGAUACCCUUAGGAGUAAUUAUGUCAUUGACUGACCGGACUUCGGACUUUCGUCACCCAUCAUCGACCGACCGACGGUGGGUGGAAACCCUAAUAAAUGAAAUGAACAGAAUAAGUGAAAGCUUAUCCGAAGAAUAAACUAACAUUUUGAUCUUCCCUAAUUAAACAUAUAAUUUACAAGGUUAUAAUAGUUUUUUUUUCCAAUUCUACCCUUAUGAUACCCAUGAUACUUUUUAAUGAUACCUAUGAUACUGAUAGGCGAUAGAGUAUCAUUGGACCAAUCUAAGCCACCGGAUGAAGAAAAUGGACGGUAUGCACUCAUUUAGGUGUACUAUAAAAAUCCUUAUGUAGGAACCUGACAAGCUUGUCGAUCGAUCCGUCCUAGAUAGUUUUAAGCCUUCCAUGUGUUCCUUUGUUUCGUCAGUGAUCAUAUAUAUGGAAAAUCCUUUUUU